AUGGAUCUGAGGUUGUUACUCUUGACUUAUCUUCCAGGUACCUGGCUUAAGAGACAUCAUGCAUUUAUCUGUCUGGCAAUAAUCUGGGCCUAUGCUACGUUUUGGGCUACAGUUCCUUUUGCUGGUGUGGGAAACUAUGCUCCUGAGCCGUUUGGGACGUCCUGCACUCUGGACUGGUGGUUGGCACAGGCUUCGGUGGCUGGACAGGCUUUUAUUCUGAGUAUUCUUUUCUUUUGCCUCCUGUUUCCAACUGCGGUGAUUGUGUUUUCAUAUGUGAAAAUCAUUUUAAAAGUCAAAUCAUCCACCAAAGAGGUUGCUCACUAUGAUACCAGGAUUCAGAACAGCCACAUACUGGAAAUGAAGCUGACCAAGGUGGCAAUGUUGAUCUGUGCAGGGUUCCUCCUUGCCUGGAUCCCUUACGCUGUGGUCUCUGUGUGGUCAGCCUUUGGACAGCCGGAUUCAGUUCCCAUUCAGUUUUCAGUGGUACCAACUUUGCUUGCGAAGUCAGCAGCCAUGUACAACCCAAUCAUCUACCAGGUCAUUGACUGUAAGUUUGCCUGUUGUCGGUCAGGUGGAUUGAAGACACUGCAGAAGAAGAGCACUUUGAAGAAAUCACGGAUGUACACCAUAUCUGCACACAGAGACUCAAGAGUGAUGAACGAAACCCAGCUGGAAGUAUGAAGCCUCAUUUCACAUACAGCAAAUGAAAACCUG